AUGCCCAAGAUGCCUUCUUUGACAACGAUCUUCAAUGCGUUCAAGGCCGUCGGCGGCAGCUUUGCCACUCUCGUCGCCGUCCUGAGCAAUAUCAAUAAUGCUCUGGCUCUGCUCUCGGCCAAGAGCUCUGGUGUUUUAGUUUUUCUCUCCGCUCUAUUCAAAUUCGGUUUCCGGGUCGUUUUGGGGAGGAUGGGGGUUGGGGAGGGUCGUUGA